AAUUAAUAUCCAAAGGGCCAAAGGGGAAAUUAACCUCUAGAAAGGGGCUUCAACAGUAAGAAAACAAAAUUCAAUAUUCAUUGUUCACUUUUUCACAACUGCAAAUCAUCGUCUCUCUUCUUCACCAUUAACAUGGCUUCAAGAAUUUCUCGCAAGCUCUCCUUUAAUUUCCUGAAGCAAUCUCUCUCUCUCUCCUCUAAUCCAAAUCUUAAUCAAAGAUCUCUCUUUAAUAAUCCAUUUCUGAACCCCAUUUUCAUCAGAUCUUACACACAGAAACCCACUCCCGAAUGUGAGAAUCAAGCCCACCAUGGAAGAUUUCUUCAGAUAACCUCGGAUAAUCCGAAAACCCAUCGUAUAUCAUCCGAUUACGGCCAUUUUUCAAUUAACCAACUCACAAAUUCAAGCCCCAAAUCGCUCGCCCAAUCACCGAUAAACCCUAGAAAAAUUCAAAACCCUUACGCAGCAUACGGAAAAAUUAGGUUUUUAUCAACCUCAAAUAAUCCGAAUCAAUCGUCACCAAGCAACGAAACCCCAGAAAAUCAAGAAUUGAAGCACCAAGAAAUCACUGGGCCGACUGUGGAGAGAGAUCUAUCCCUAUUAGCCAAUGAAACUCGAGAUGUACUCGAGACGAUGAUGAAGAAUGUGUACAGUUUGAGCAAAGUUUUAGCCGGAUUAGGGCUCGUGCAUCUCGGUUUAGGGGCUUGGAUUUCUUACACCAUGAAUAAUUCCCCCGUUGCAGAAGUUUCGAUUCAGAGCUUGCUUGCUUUCGGGCUGCCGUUUUCGUUGGCUUUCAUGCUGAGACGAGCUUUGAAGCCUAUGUACUUUUUCAAGAAAAUGGAGGAGCAAGGGAGGCUGCAGAUUUUGACACUCACUCUUCAGGUUGCAAAGAAUUUGAAUACGUUCUUCGUGCGAAUUCGCGGGGUUUCGUAUUUGUGCAUUGCCGGUGCGUCCCUCGGUUUGGUAUUCGUCGCAGUAUUUAGAUGAUUUCUUUUUUACUUGGGAGUUGGGAUUCAUUUCACACUUAAAAGACUAUAGAGAUGUGUACUUCGUGUUUUGAAGUUUUCUUGGGAAGUUUUGUUUUGGUUAUUGAUUAUAUAGAUUUUGAUUAAUGUGGGGCAGUAGUUUAUGUUGAAUGAAUGUUUCGGUUUACGAUUACGUAAUGUGUUCUUGAAAGAUAUAUAUGGAGCAUUGCUCUCUGAGAUUACUGCA